AUGACCCUAGAGACGAAUCAGUACAAGGUGUCGCAAUCUUUUUAUCCGAUGGUCGAUCCAGAGUGUCGCUCAAUCGACUACCUUGAGGUUGAGAUAUACACCAUAGGAACGGGAGUUUGGAGAAGCAUUGGAAAUGCUCCUAGUGACUUUCUAAGUUUCCCUUCAGUGCUCUUCUCCAUGGAGCUCUUCAUUGGGUCUCCCUUGCCGUUGAAAGUGCUGAAUGCAUACAUUCUUUCAGCUUUGAAACCGAGUAAUUUCGAUCACUACCCUUGCCUAGCAACUAUGGAAGAGGAACUUGACAUGUGGGUUAUGAAAGAUUACGGUGUCCAAGAAUCUUCUUGUUAUUGA